AUAUAAUGGCUCCAGGAGUGGCCAUUUUAGUGGCCACGAUUCCAAAAACAGAACCUGGGAAUGCUCCAAUACGUUUGAAGCCAUCCCAAUUUGGCAUAAAAGAUGGAACAUCAAUGGCUUGCCCACAUGUAACAGAAAUUUUAAUAGCCAGAUGGCCAAGGAAGCAGCUUUUUUGUUUAUAACAUUAUUGGCUUUGAGAUUUUACCAAGAGACUGCUUUGGCAGAGACAAAAACUUUUCUUGUUGGUGGUUUAAAGGGUUGGACCAAGGAAAACAUUGGUAAUUGGUUUCCUAUUGGAACAAUCUUCUAUGCGGGUGAUAAACUCGAGUUUGAAUACAACCCAACGGAGUACAAUGUGGUGUGUGUAGACAAACAUGCUUAUGAAACAUGCAAAGCACCAGAAGGUGCUUUGGAAUAUAACAAGGGAAAUGAUCAAAUUUAUCUCGAGGAAGGAGAAAACUAUUUUAUUUGCACUACACGUGGAUGCUGUGAAAACAACAUGAAAAUGAUGGUCGUUACGGCAGCAGGACAGAGACCAACAGAUAGGGAAGAGAUGGGCCAGGUCAGGUCAGGUCAAGACAAUCAGGUUAGAAGUUGGGUCAGGUUGAUUGGUAUUUAUCACAUGUUUUUCUUUCUGUUUUUGAUAACAUGAACUUGCCAUUUAGGAAGUCAUGUAGCAAAUUACUUUAUGUAAAUGCUUAAAUUAGAUUCACCCAUGUCAAGGAAGAGCUCACCCGAACAAAUUAACAACCAUAUGGAUUUGUUCAUGUGAUUGUGAAUUUUAAAUUGAAGUGAGUUGAUUUGGAAAGUGGGUUUCUUUGGAUUUUGGAAUAGUUUUGUCACAUGUAAGAAAUGUAUGUAGUUAUGUGGAUUGUAGAUUAAAUUGUUAAAGUUUGCUGUAAUGUGUAUAAUUUAUUUUUUAAAA